AUGUGUGAUGCACUCAAAAUUCGGAAGCCACUAGUGAUUGACUUCUCUCGUUUGGCCCUGCAAUCUACCAUCCUCUCCAAGCGAAAGCUGACCUGGUUCGUUGAACAGGGUCUGGUGAGCGGCUGGGACGAUCCACGUAUGCCAACUGUUCGUGGAAUUCUUCGUCAUGGCCUCACUCCUGAGGGUCUUCGCCAGUUUAUUCUGGCUCAAGGGUCGAGCAAGUCAACUGGUACCAUGGAAUGGGAUAAAAUAUGGGCCUUCAACAAGAAGGUUAUUGAUCCUGUGGCACCCCGCUAUACGGCUCUGAGCCUUAGCAGAGGUGGAGUAGUUCCAGUCCGAGUAAAGGGUCAGAAGACGGAUGAGACCAAGCAGGUAACCGUCUUAUCUUCUUUAUGA